UGGCCUCAUUAAGGAUUAAUUUUCAUCCAGGCAGGAAAACAAAACAAGUGCAGCCGCCGCUCGGCGUGGAAAGUUACCGGGGCCGUGGGGAGGGAGCGCCUGUUUUCAUCCGCGUCCCGGAUUUCUCCAUUUACCUCUACGGGACGAUAAUCCCUAAAUCCCAACGAGAUUAAAGGCACCAAGAAAGCAGAAGGUCCGGAAGCCCUCCUGUGGCCAUGGCACUGGUGAAGAGCGGAUGGCUUUGGCGGCAGAGCUCCAUCCUGCGCCGCUGGAAGAGGAAUUGGUUCGUCCUCUACCUGGAUGGCAGCUUGGUGUACUACCACGACGAGACGCAGCGCGACAUGGACGGGCGCAUCCACAUCAAGUACAGCUGCCGCGACGUGCGGACCGGCCGCGAGUGCCGCGACGUGCAGCCACCCGAGGGGAAGAGCCGUGAGUGCCUGCUGACCGUCGUGCUGCGGGACGGCUCCAAGACGACGCUGUGUGCUGAGAGUGAGGACGAUGCCAUUGCUUGGAAGAUGGCAGUGCUGGAGGCGAAAUCCACCCCGGUGCACGUCUAUGACCCCUAUGAUGAUGACUACUACCAGACGGUGCCCAUCGACUCCCACCAGACUGCCUACAUCAGCUCUGGCCACUACGGCCACCAGUAUGGAGGUGGGUCAUUCUCCUCUUCCCUCUGUGCCAUUUGGUGCCCACCUGGGGACACUCAGUAGGUCACAGCUCCAAGCCUGGUCAUACUUGGAGGUAUUUGUAGGACGGAGUGGGCUGAGACCCUGCAAACACAG